AUGCCAGAAGCGACCGAUAAUAUCGACGCUGGCCAAUGUGUUCCACCAUCUAGAAAGAGAAGUCGUGUUGAAUCGCCAACACCCCACGCUAUCUUAGUCGCGUCACCCAAUGGCUUUGUCCACCUCCCGCUCGAAGUUCUGUCAGAGAUCCUCAGCCACCCCAACACCACCAAGGACAUCCUUUCGGUUACCCGUACUUGCAAGUUCUUGUGCGACACACUUUUAGAGAAAUCGAAUGAGAACAUCUGGCGUAAAGCGAGGGAGAGAGCUCUACCUCUACCUAUACCAGAUCAACAAGGACUGCUCUCAGAGGCAGCGUAUGCUUCAUUCCUCUUCGACGGUGGUCCUUGUGAGGCAUGCGGAACGGUGACGGGGUUGCCUUAUGUAUCGUUCGCUUUACGCCUCAGAUUGUGUCCGAACGACCAUUGCACGACGGUGUUUGUGACAACGUUGGCAAUCAUGCCGACCGACAUCGCUGGGUUGCAAGAAACAACCCGUUUAGUUGUGUUAUCUUCUAUCCCCCAGAUGGAGUCGAUCAAACGUAAUGGUCCCUUGGCAGUUUAUUCAAGGCUGAACUCACAUUGGCCUACGGUCACUCCGAUUUGUCGCCGAACGGCUUGGACGACCGCACUAAACGAAUAUGAAAACAUGACUGACCGUACCUCGUAUGCCGAGAGCACUCAAGCUAAGAGGGAUCGCAAGAAGAAAUGGAUGCCGAUUUGUGUCAACAUAUACGAUUGGUUAAGUAGCGUUCAAGAUGCCUUCCGUCAACUCAAGAAAGAAAACGAAGCUGCCGGAAAAGGUCUUGCAACUCUAAAUGGAUGGGACUUCUGGGACAUGAUGAACUGUACCGUUUAUGGGCCUUACCACAAGCACAAAAACCGAAUCUAUGAGCAAGUUGGCGGCGUCGAGUUCGAAUUGAUGAAACCGAAAAUUGAGGUUCAACUCCUUGCGCUGCAGGAGCGACGGAAACGUCGAGUAGCAGAAGCCGCCCAUAGAAAGAGUAGAGAAGAAGCACUCCAACAUCAUUCCCGCCUCUGCUCAGCCAUACCCGCACAGGGCAAAUCGCGAAAACCGGUCCCCGCUGUAUCUGCAUUUCUGAAGCUCCCAGUUCUCGACCUCUUGCAAUCCCCUGGAUCGCUACCAGACGGUGCUAGCGUUUCCAAGACUCUGAAGAAGGAUCCUCUCGUGACUUGCAUUCUCGAGAAUCAGGUGGCUCAAUGGACAGACAAAGCUAGGCAAGAUUUUGGAGUCAUGCUCGGCUAUCCGGCAGAAUGGAAGUCCGCGAACAAAAGCAUAGUACAUCCAGCAGAGCGGCUAUCUGCGAGGUAUUUGUGCAAGAAAUGCAAGUACUUUCCAGCCAAGUAUCGCGAUUACGAAUGUUUGGAUUUCGCGGGUGCAUGUGCACAUCAGUGUGUGAUAGGAAACAAGAAAGCCAAGAAGAACGGACAGGCCAAAUGGAGUGCUUCAAACUUCAAAAAGGACGACAAAGCUUCUGCGGCUCUAGAGCAGUUGAUUGCAAUAUUUGGCCAUGAUAACCAAAAGUCAAGCGCCAAGGAUGUUCUAUCCCGUAAAAAUUACGUUCUCUGUGUCUCCUGUGACCCUCCUUUGUACGUUUGUACCGCCGGCGUUGCGGGCCACAGUCAUCGACACGAAGAGAUGAAGAUGCAGAUUGCCAUCACCGGAUACGAUCCAUUGGUUAUGGGCGCGCACGAUGUCGAAAGGGGGCUUGUAAGAAAGCUGUUGGGUCCUGAUAGGACGGUCAAAGCUGUACAGGAGAAGAUCAAUUUUGGGUGCCGACAUUGCUUGCCAACUUCGAAAUGGGCAGGGACGUUGAUUGGGUCGGCGGGAGGGGGGUACGGCUUUGGCCAUUUAACAUCAACAACCGGAAACGAUGAUACAGCUGGGGGGGAACAACCGCCACCCUCUGGCGCUGCUGGAGAGGAGGAAAGGAACGAGAGGAAGGAGAAGCCACCCAAGCUAUUCAGUUUUAAUGGUGUCCGGUCUCACCUGAAAGCCAAACAUAAGAUCGAGAAUAUACGGGAUGAAGAUUUCUUCUGCGAUCAGCCUCACGGGGUAAAAUUGUAA